AGGAUACAUCGUCUCUAAGCCUGACUUAACAUAAAACAUCAUCAUCGCUUGCCAUUUUUACACAGGUUCAGAAGUUACGAACAUCAUCUGAACGUCAUAUCAUACUCUCGCAACCUCAUCGCUGCCAUCAAGCACAACGCCAUCGACAGUCUUCAGCUAUUCCGUCAAGGGGCAAAAAGCAAUAAGCAAAACACAAAAUGGCAGUCCCACAAGACCCGAAUUUCUGGAAGCGUUUCAGCUACGCAAUACACCAAGACGAAGAAGCACAAGUGUCUAACGAAAAAAAUCCCUGGCUAACAUCAACCCGCCAAAAACGAAAACACGCCUACCUCCGCAUCUGCUGCACCUUUUGGAUCCUCCUCUUCUCCCUAAUCGCGAUUAUCGUCGUCGUAAUCCUCAUUCUCGUAAAGACACAUGCGUUGGAAAAGAUACAUAUAGGUGGAGGAGAUAACAAGCGGGGAAAAGAGUUUAAUGAUUGGUUGCAGAGGUUAUUCAAGACGGGAGAUGAAGGGAAGGGUGGGGGAAGUUGAUGUGGCUCGUCCGUGGGCGAUGACGAAGAGACGUGUAGAAAGAGGAAAGGUGUGGAUUAGAAGUUUGUGGUAAUUGCAGAGAGGGACACAAGAGCUGGCCUCUUUGGGGAAGAUGCGA